UAAAUAGCGGUGCCGCCACCUUUGCAAACUCAUAACGUCUGCGAUUGACGUUGAGCUCGUGUCGUGUCCGUGGUCUCUUAUCAGUUUACGAUUAACUCCCGUAGUGAAUUGGUUCCUACUAGAAAAAUGCGUUCAUUUUUACUUCUUAGUGUUCUGUUGGCCUGCAGUAUGGCGGAAGAAAUAGAAACCAAAUUGUCACCUCUUCAGGCUGUAUCUAAAAGUGUUGAAAGUUUCUCUACAAAUUUUUACAAGACUGUAUCCAAAAAUGAAAAAGGAAACCUCAUCACCUCUCCACUCAGCGCAGGUGUUGUUUUAUCAAUGGCAGCUUAUGGAGCCCGUGAAAAUACCGAGAAACAGAUGCGCGAUGUUCUCAAAUUGCCAGCUGAUGAUACUCUGGGCAGAAGUGGAUUCCAAAACCUCAUCGAUAACUUGAAUAGUGUCAAAGAUGUGGAACUUCGUCUUGCCAACAAGAUCUUCCCCAAGAAGGGUCUGGAGAUCAAACCCGAAUUCAAAGCCUUGACAGCAGACAGUUUUAGAUCAGCAGAAGAACAGCUUGACUUCGCGCAAUCUGCAGAGUCUGCAUCGAUCAUCAACGCUUGGUGUCAAAAUAAAACCAACAACAAGAUCAAGGAUCUCAUCAAGCCUGAUGAUCUGAAUUCUGACACCGCCAUGGUCCUUGUCAAUGCUGUCUACUUCAAAGGACAAUGGAAGAAGAAGUUCGACGCCAAGAAUACCGAAGAAAGGCCAUUCCAUAUUGAUCAUAAGACCGUCAAGAAUGUCUCUACCAUGUAUCAAAGUGUCAACAUCAUUUAUGGAGUUCUUCCCGAUCUAAAGGCUAAAUUCGUCGAAAUUCCAUACAAGGGUGAGGAAGUAAGCAUGAUAAUCGUUCUUCCUGAUGAAGUUAACGGUCUCGCAGAAUUGGAACAGAAAUUGGAAAACCUUGAUAUAAACACUCUCAGGCAGAAGGGAUACCCUCAUGAUGUUGAGCUCUACUUGCCCAAAUUCAAAAUCGAAAGUACGAUCGAACUCAAUAAUGUUUUGACAGAGAUGGGCAUGGAAGAAAUGUUCAGUGAUAAAGCCAACUUCUCAGGAAUUGCUGACGUACCGCUUAAAGUGAGUAAAGUUCUCCAAAAAGCGUUCAUUGAAGUAAACGAAGAAGGAGCUGAAGCUGCUGCAGCCACUGGUUACACAAUUGUUCUGCGCACUGAAAAUCCCCAAAUGCCCAAAACAACGUUUACAAUCAACAGGCCAUUUUUCUUCAUAUUAACUGGCUCCAUAUUCAACAAGCAUGAAACAGCAUCCCUUAGGGUUUCUUAUAAAGUAUCAUUAUUCAACGGUCAUGUCAUGGAACCCAAAUAGUAAUUUUAAUUACUUCGAUGUUAUUUUUAUGUAUUUUAGUUUUUAUCGAGAAAAACGAACAAAAAAACCAGUACAAACAAUUUUUCUACAUGCUAGCUGCCUCUGUAGUGUAAAUGGAGUCUAUACAUUAUUAAUCUUACAACUUUAUAGCCGAUUUCAAUGAAACAGGGAGAAAAAAUUGAAUUACCGUCAACGGGGAUAAUUAUAAUUCAAAAUUCAGGAAAUGUAAACUACUUUUGUAGUGCAAGUCUAAUUGUACUUAAAAGUCUUC